CAGCCUACGAGGGAGGAGCCUUUUCGACUGUGCUGCGACUUGUGCUUCAUUUUUACCUUCUAAAAUCAAGCCGGGAAAGAAUGUACUGCUCGUUGCUGUUUGUUUCUCUAGUAUCGUGUAUUUUUUAGCGUUUCAACUGGAUGUGCAUUUUACAUUUUGCUGUUGUGGAGACGAUAUAGGCCAGAAAAACAGAAAGUCUUUUUCUUUAAUAUGACUAAGGCUGCGUAAAGUUUGGUCUGGAAAUGACGACGAAAGACAUCGCAGAUAUAAACAGAUGAACCGAUGAAUUUUGUUAAUCGCUGCUUGAUUUAAACAAGUCUGAUCGACUUUGUUUUGAUAACAAUAAUGGCCACGUUUGGAGACGACGUGCCCAGCACGCUGGGAUCCGGGGAUGGGGGAUCGGAUAACAUCAUGGACUGUCAGGGAUCGGCGAUGCCUCCAGGUGGGAUGGAGACACUUAAGCAAGCCAAAGCCCAGAGAGCCCGCACCAUGGCCCUGUACAACCCAAUACCUGUCAGACAAAACUGUUUAACCGUCAACAGAUCCCUCUUCAUCUUCGCGGAAAACAACAUAAUUAGAAAAUACGCAAGGAAGAUUAUAGAAUGGCCUCCGUUUGAGUACAUGAUCCUGGCCACUAUCAUUGCUAACUGCAUCGUUCUGGCACUGGAGCAGCAUUUGCCUGGAGAGGACAAAACCCCCAUGUCAAAGAGACUGGAAAAAACAGAGCCCUACUUUAUUGGGAUCUUCUGCUUUGAAGCGGGGAUCAAGCUUGUAGCUUUGGGAUUUGUGUUCCACAAGGGCUCCUACCUGAGGAAUGGCUGGAAUGUCAUGGACUUUAUUGUGGUGCUCAGUGGGAUUUUGGCUACUGCAGGGGCACAUAUGAACAUCCCCGUGGACCUGCGGACCCUCAGGGCGGUACGAGUCCUCAGGCCCCUCAAACUUGUUUCUGGGAUCCCUAGCUUGCAGAUAGUCCUGAAGUCUAUAAUCAAGGCCAUGGUGCCACUGCUGCAGAUCGGCCUCCUGCUCUUCUUUGCCAUCCUCAUGUUUGCGAUCAUUGGCCUGGAGUUCUAUAGCGGGAAGCUGCAUCACACCUGCAUUCCCUCACAAAACAUUCUGGAGAAUGAGACAGUGGAUUCCUCAGAGGUAGAAUUUGCCUGUGGAGUGAGGAAGUGUCCAGACAAGUAUGACUGUAUCGGCACCUGGAUUGGACCGAAUGAUGGCAUCACCCAGUUUGACAACAUCUUGUUCGCUGUGCUGACUGUUUUUCAGUGCAUCACAAUGGAGGGUUGGACUGCAGUCCUCUACAAUACAAACGAUGCCCUUGGCCCCACAUGGAAUUGGAUUUAUUUUAUCCCUCUUAUAAUAAUUGGCUCAUUCUUUGUGCUGAAUCUGGUUUUGGGAGUCCUGUCAGGAGAAUUUGCCAAAGAGAGGGAAAGAGUGGAGAAUCGCAGGGCCUUUAUGAAGCUCCGCAGACAACAGCAAGUGGAGAGGGAGCUGAAUGGUUACCGUGCCUGGAUCGACCGUGCAGAAGAGGUAAUGCUAGCAGAAGAAAACAAAAGUUCUGGAACUUCUGCUUUAGACGUGUUGAAGAGAGCCACCAGCAAGAAGAGUCGCAUGGAAGCAGGCCGGCGUGGCCCGGGGGAGGGCAAGUAUGCCGACAUGGCUGGUUCCAGAGCACGGGUUAACAUCAGGAGCGCCAGGAGGGGCCCCGCAGCCUACUUCCGUCGCAAGGAGCGCAUGCUGCGCAUCUCGAUUCGCCGCAUGGUGAAGACACACACUUUUUAUUGGACUGUGCUCAGCCUGGUGGCCCUCAACACACUCUGCGUUGCCAUCGUGCACCAUAAUCAGCCAGAGUGGCUGUCCAUCUUCCUGUACUAUGCAGAAUUUGUCUUUCUGGGUCUGUUUCUCAUGGAGAUGUUCUUAAAGAUGUAUGGUCUGGGACCCAGGCUUUACUUCCACUCAUCUUUUAACUGCUUUGACUGUGGAGUGAUUGUGGGGAGCAUAUUCGAGGUGGUGUGGGGCUUCUUCCGACCUGGCAUGUCCUUUGGAAUCAGUGUCCUGCGAGCUCUGCGCCUGCUCAGAAUCUUCAAGAUCACUAAAUAUUGGGCGUCUCUGAGGAACCUGGUUGUAUCCCUGAUGAGUUCCAUGAAGUCCAUUAUCAGCCUUUUGUUCCUGCUCUUUCUCUUCAUAGUGGUCUUUGCACUGCUGGGUAUGCAGCUGUUUGGUGGAAGGUUCAUAUUUGAAGAUUACACCCCUACAAAUUUUGAUACAUUUCCAGCAGCAAUUAUGACUGUAUUUCAGAUCCUGACUGGUGAAGACUGGAAUGAGGUCAUGUACAACGGCAUUCGCUCUCAAGGUGGUGUACAGUCAGGAAUGUGGUCAUCUAUAUACUUCAUUGUGCUCACACUCUUUGGAAAUUACACGCUGCUCAAUGUGUUUUUGGCCAUCGCCGUGGAUAACCUUGCCAAUGCUCAGGAGCUGACAAAGGAGGAAGAGGAAGAAGAGGAGAUUUUCAAUCAGAAACAUGCUUUGCAGAAAGCCAAGGAGGUCGGCCCGAUGUCCUCCCUGAUGUCAGACAGGAGGAGGCGGCCAUACCUGUACAGGAAGCGGGCCAUUCACAGAAGCCGUCCUGCCUAUGUUGCCGAGACAGAGGCGGAGGACCAAGCUGACGGGGGAGACGAGCAGCAGUUCAAUGCCUCUAACUCUUUCGUGACCAGGAGAGACAGGAGGAAACGGAUAUCCAUGUCGGUGUGGGAACAGAGAGCCAACCAGCUGCGCAAACGCAGGCAGAUGGCCAGCCGGGAAGUCCUGUUCAGCAGCCCCAGCGAGGAGCUGGACACCCCAGGCAGUUGCCACCAUCAGCGCAAGGGCACCUACACAUCCAGCGCCAGCUUGCGCCGGCUUCCGGAGUCCCCCGUGUCUACGGGCAUGCCUCUACCAGAAUCGCCUAUGUCGGUGGCCAUGCCACUCCCUGAGCCCCCCAUGUCCAUCCCCGAGCCCCCCAUGUCCAUCCCUGAGCCCCCCAUGUCUAUCAUCAUGCCCCCACCAGACAACCCAUUAGCCAUGUCACUUCCUAACCCUUCAGAAUCAAAGUCGUUGCCUUUACCAGGGCCAGAAGAUAGGUUAGCCGUGACAAACCAUUGCCACCUGUCGCAGGAGGGCUGGAGGAGUCCCCGCUCUGGCGAGAGACGGCAGCGGGGGGCUCGCAGGUUCCGACCACCCUCUGGGAAUACCUUAGCCCCUGAGGAUGGAACACGACCCAGGAAGCAUCGGCACCGGGAGUCCCGGUCUGAUGGCAGGGCCAGAGAGGCCCACAAGGAGAGUCAUCAUGCUGCUAGCCAGGAAAGGAGGCCCCCUGAAGAGAAAGAGGAUGCAGAGGCUGAGGAAGGAGACACUCAGACAGUGAAAGAUGAGGAGCAGCAGAGGUUAAAUGAUGCCACUGGGGAAUUUCCUGCAUUUGCUGACCUCUCAGAGACUAAGCCCAUGUUGCCCUCUGCACAUGUGCUGGAGCUGGAGGAGAGCCAGAACGCUAGUCCACAACUCAUGGAGGAAGCCGGCAUGGCAGUUCUGGACAUCAACAUGACUAUGGGAGACAGUGAGAACAAUCCUAGCUCCCUGAAUCGUGAGGGCUUGAACUCGAACACCAGUGUGGUUAUCGAGGUACCUGGGGCUCAGCCGCUGAUGGAGCUGACACCUAUGACAGUGAACAGUAAAGAUAUUGAAGCUGCCAAUUCUGAUAAAGAGAAAGAAGAAGAGGAGGAGGAGGAGGAGGAGGAAGUAAAGACAGUACCCAAAGCUGUGCCGCCAGAUAGCAUGUUCAUCUUUAAGGCUACUAACCCGAUCCGACGGAUCUGUCACUAUGUGGUUACCCUGCGGUACUUUGAAAUGUCCAUUCUCCUGGUCAUCGUGGCCAGUAGCAUCGCCCUGGCAGCAGAAGACCCUGUAUCGACCAACUCGGAGUGGAACAAAGUUCUUCGUUACUUUGACUAUGUCUUCACAGGAGUCUUCACCUUUGAAAUGAUAAUUAAGAUGAUCGACCAGGGUCUGAUCCUGCAUGACGGCUCGUAUUUUCGUGAUUUGUGGAACAUCCUGGACUUUAUUGUGGUUAUCGGCGCUCUGAUAGCCUUUGCCCUAACGAAUUUGAUGGGGAACAACAAAGGGCGUGACAUCAAGACCAUUAAAUCUUUACGUGUGCUACGUGUCCUGCGUCCACUGAAGACGAUAAAAAGACUACCCAAACUGAAGGCUGUGUUUGAUUGUGUGGUUACCUCCCUGAAGAAUGUAUUCAAUAUCCUCAUAGUCUACAAGCUCUUCAUGUUCAUAUUCGCCGUUAUUGCUGUGCAACUCUUCAAAGGGAAGUUCUUCUACUGCACAGAUGGGUCUAAGGACACCCAAAAGGAGUGUCAGGGCUACUAUAUUGAUUAUGAGAAGGACAAGAAGGAAGUGAAAAAGCGAGAAUGGAAGAGACAUGAGUUCCACUAUGACAACAUUGUGUGGGCUCUGCUUACCUUGUUCACUGUGUCCACUGGAGAAGGCUGGCCACAGGUUCUGCAGCAUUCAGUAGACGUGACAGAAGAAGACCGGGGACCCAGUCGGGGGAACCGCAUGGAGAUGUCCAUCUUCUACGUUGUCUACUUUGUUGUUUUCCCCUUUUUCUUUGUCAACAUCUUUGUUGCCCUCAUCAUCAUCACCUUUCAGGAGCAGGGAGACAAGAUGAUGGAGGAGUGCAGCUUAGAGAAAAAUGAGAGGGCAUGCAUAGAUUUUGCCAUCAGUGCUAAACCCCUCACUCGCUACAUGCCCCAAAACAGACAGACACUCCAGUAUCGCCUGUGGCACUUUGUGGUCUCACCUUCUUUCGAGUACACAGUGCUCACCAUGAUCGCCCUCAACACCGUUGUUCUCAUGAUGAAGUACUACUCGGCACCAACAGCAUACGACACAGUCUUGAAGCACCUGAACACUGCCUUCACUGGACUCUUUUCCCUGGAGUGCAUCCUGAAAAUUAUGGCUUUUGGCUUUUUGAACUACUUUCGAGACACUUGGAACAUUUUUGACUUUAUCACAGUCCUGGGCAGCAUCACAGAAAUUGUUGUUGACUUGCAGUCAGUGAACACCAUCAACAUGAGCUUCCUGAAGCUUUUCCGGGCAGCCAGGCUGAUCAAGCUCCUGAGACAGGGCUACACCAUCCGCAUCCUCCUCUGGACUUUUGUACAGUCUUUUAAGGCUCUUCCUUAUGUAUGUCUGCUGAUCGCCAUGCUAUUCUUUAUAUAUGCAAUUAUUGGGAUGCAGGUGUUUGGGAACAUUAAGCUGAAUGACGAAACUCACAUUAACCAGCACAACAACUUCAAGAGUUUCUUCAGUGCCCUAAUGCUGUUGUUCAGAAGUGCCACAGGCGAGUCCUGGCAAGAGAUCAUGCUGUCUUGUUUAGGGGGGCAGGAGUGUGAGCCAGAUCCCACUAUUGCCCCCCCUUUCACGUCCCCAGACCACGAGGGUGGCUGCGGCACUGAGUUUGCUUAUUUCUAUUUUGUUUCCUUCAUCUUUUUCAGCUCUUUUCUAAUGCUGAACCUGUUCGUGGCCGUGAUUAUGGAUAACUUUGAGUAUCUGACACGAGAUUCCUCCAUCCUGGGUCCUCAUCAUCUGGAUGAGUUUGUGCGCAUAUGGGGGGAAUACGACCGUGCAGCAUGUGGCCGCAUUCAUUAUACUGCCAUGUAUGAGAUGCUGACCCACAUGUCGCCACCUCUAGGCCUUGGCAAGAAAUGCCCCUCCAAAAUUGCUUAUAAGCGCCUGGUGCUUAUGAACAUGCCAGUGGAUGAGGACAGGACUGUACACUUUACAUCUACUCUAAUGGCUUUAAUCAGAACUGCUCUGGAAAUCAAAAUAGCCAGAGGAGGGGAAGAUCGUGGACAGCUUGACACAGAACUGCAGAAGGAGAUCAGUGUCAUCUGGCCUCAUCUUUCUCAGAAGACCCUGGACACACUGGUGCCAGUGAGCAAACCUGACGACAUGACCAUUGGGAAGAUCUAUGCAUCGAUGAUGAUCAUGGAUUAUUACAAGCAAAGCAAAGCAAAGAAGCUGAGGCAAAAAUUGGAGGAGCAGAAACCUGCUCCGAUGUUCCAACAAAUGGAUGCAUCUUCUCUUCCCCAGGACAUUCUGUCUGGCCCAUUCCUGUCUCACAGUGCCGGAUCCGCCCUUACAAGGGGGGGCUUUGUAGCUCUCAGCCCCAUCUCCCAGGAGCUCUUCAUGCAGCCUGUGUCAUCUGACGUCGAGGAUAACGAAGGCUUCCAUGGGUACCAGUCUCUGGGUGUGAUGGAUCGCAGCUCGAUGAAGAGAUCCUUUUCCACGAUCACGGACCAACGCGUCAAUGGGUUGUGGCUAGAUGAGCACUCCUUCAAGAGGGACAGCCCCGAUCGGACAUACAGACCUCGACAAAAGAGCUAUAAAGGUUCCAGGUCAGAGCACUGGCAACAAGGAGACAGGGAGCGGGGGCGGUCCAAGGAGCGGCUCCACCUGCUGUCUCCCGAUGUGUCCCGCUGCAGCUCUGAGGAGCGCAGCCAGCAGCGGUCCCGCUCCCCAAGUGAGAGCCAGGCCCAUGCAGCCCACAAACAGGGCAACAGCUCAGAUAGUCCAGUCCCGUCCACAUCAGAGUCCAGCACUCCCAGCAGCCGCCGUCAUGGGCAGACACCUCCACGAGCCCGCCCCCACAUUUCUUACUCCCCACUCGUGUGCCACACUCAUUCCUGUUCACCUGCAGACGAUGGUCCAAGGACCCUAGAGUCAGAAUGUGUUGACACCCCGUGGGAGGAUGAAGGAGAUGAGGCCUCCGACGUUGGGCAGGUGGCAGCAGGCAGCCACGGUUCCAUACCUCACCAAUACCUGACCAUGCAGGAUGAUGGCAACAACAGCCCCGACUCAGCUGGCGUGGAGGAGACAUUAACCUUUGAGGCAGCCGUGGCAACAAGCUUGGGCCGUUCCAACACCAUUAGUUCUGCUUCCCAGAUGCGACAGCGCUGGCAGGUCCCCAAUGGCCAUUUCCGGAAACGCCUGACCCAGGCAAGCUCCCUGGCAGGCUGCGAGCUCUUCGGCGAAACCAAUGAGUAGGGCUGCUGCUUGGAGCCAACAGAUUAAGAGGGGAGAGAUGUUCAGCACAUGGGUGGAAAAGAAAAAGGGAAAUUUAUUACAAAUCAGUGAAAAGUUUAACUUGGUGGAGAGUGUGGCAGAUAUAAAUAUACAAUUUUACCCAUUUUGAUGAGUCUAUAAAGUCUCAGUAGAGGUAUCUCCACAGUAUUUUUCCCAGCAUAUAAUAUACUGUGUCAUGAUUAACAAUACAAUAACGGGGACACAAGGGAAAUAAUGUACUGUGUGAAACUUUGUGGAAAUUUCUGUAUUCAGCCAAUUUUUCUGCAGCUUAUGGAGUGAAAAACCAAGGGCUGUAUAAAAUAGCAUCUAAGCUAAUUACUGACAAAUUUACUUCAUUAUAUUGUUGGAGAUGUAACAGUUUAGACAGGACCAAGUGGUUGCUAAUUAAGUCUCGAGUAAGGACAAGCAUGGCAGCCUUAAGCUGGUUAAAUUAGUUCAGCACCUUAAAGUAAUUUGUGAUUUUGGUUGUUUCAAGAAAGCAUAUAGCUUGUUCUGUAAAGGAACUUCUUUACAAAUAUGGAACUUCUAGGUGUUUUAGGUAUUUAAUGAUAAAUUAGUCAAGAGCAAUUGCAGCGUGUGGCUCAGUGGGCUAAGCCUGUGUCCUUUUAAUCAGAAGGUCGCAGGUUUGAACCCAGCCUCAGUACAUCUGCGGGUCCUUGAGCAAGACCCUUAACCCCCAGUUCCCUGGGCGCCGCUACGGGUGGCAGCCCUUCGCGGUCAACUUACUCCACAAAAGAGCAAGUUGAGGGAGGCGUAAAGAUAAUUUCCCUCCAGGGGAUCAAUAAAGUAUCAAUUAGCUUCCCCUUUAAUAGGCAAAGGAGCCUGAAAGAUAGGAAAGUUACAGCAUGUGUCAUAACAGAACAGAUCUCCCUUCUUCCUCUACAAUGACAACAGAGUCCAGAUAGCAGUGUUUCUGUUUUCUUCCAUUACUCAGUGUGCCAUGUGACUGGAUACUGCAUGUUCAAUUCUAUGAGAACCUUGCUAAAUUCCAGCCCUGCUGUAAAGUUAUGCUUCAUUGUACAGCAAGACUUGGCUGUUGAUCGAUAUGACAACACUAACUUGAGACAUAGGAUUAAAAAAAGCCAUGUUACUUUGUAAAUAUAAUGAAGUGCAUUUGGUCAUUAUCAUUUUUAAUGUCUUUCCCUCAAAAUUAUUAUAUUUGCAACUAGAAACUGGAGCCAAUUCCAUAAAAUUAAUAUUAAUUUAUUCUUUCAGAGGCCUCCCUUAUCAUACUUCAAACUCUUCUUUAUUAUUUAAUGGUGUUUCCUGUAAUUUUGAUGCAAAGGCAAGUACUGUACUGUAUGACAAUUUUGGUAAAAUAGCUUUAAUCUGAUAAAGUUACUUUUUUUGCAUAUGGAAUACUCUAGUGGAAAUUGUUAAUACUAUUAUUUUUUACAACAUACCUGAUUUUAAACACAUGACAAGUCUGGGGAUUUGAUUGAUACAUGAUUUUUUUCUUAAUAUCCAGUAUAUCAUAUGAUGAACAUUUGUAAAUAAACCAUAGAGAUCCAACUCAGUGGAAGAAAGUGAAACCACUCAGAUUAAGGAGACAGAUUUCAUUUCGUUCUUAUUGGAAAGACAUAUUAUUCAAAUUAUUCCGGUAUUUUUCUCACAUGGGAUUAGUCUAGGAAACAAAGUUAAUAAAGGAAACCUGAUUUGACCAAUAUGCCAAACCAUAUAUUUAUGGAGAGGUGAGCUGAGAUGAAAUAUAUUGAAAACAGAAGGAAGUUAAGCCAUUCAGGUAAGUCUGAAAUGAAGUUUUAGCUUCACUGGUGACAAGUGAUGGUGGAACUUUCCUUAACAGAGAUACUCUUUUUUAUAACCUCUGGUAAGUGUAAGGAAAUGUGAUUUUGUAAGUCUUUAGUUUUUUAUGUUCUUUAUGAUUCUGUGCCCCCCUAAAAUGUAGGACAAUUUUGCUUUGAUUUGGUUAUCAGAAAACAGCACAGGAAUUUUGUUCAAUAUCAAAUCCGUGCAGUAUGUAAAGCAAAUCUACAUUACCGUGUAUGUUUUGGUCUCAAUUUCAUCAAAAUGUUAGAUAUAUUUUGGAUUUUAUACAAGCAUUACACCUUUGUAAAUUUUCUUUUUUAAUGUGAUGAUUGCAGAAAAAAACAUAACAUUUUAUUGCAAAAGAGUAUAUUAUUUCAUUGAUCUUCCUAUUCCUAAAAGUAUUUAUAAAUAUCCUUCUAUCAAGUUGUUCAAAACAUAUAUGGCAAAACUGGAAGUCACCUCCUCUGUUAUGUAUAUGCAGACAAUUCCUACAAGAAAGUAUUACUCUCUAUAUUUACUGAUUUUUGUAAGACUGUCAAUAACUCUGCUGUACUUCAUGUUGGGAACAAGCUGGAGCCUAGAGUGUUUUCAGUCUCUCAGUCUCAUAUGUACGUCUGUCUAUGUGUCCAUCUGCCCAUCCUUCUUACUAUCUAUAUAUGUAUAAUUUAUUUAUUGGAUGUACUAUUUUAGGAUGUUUACACUAUUACAAAUGUUCUAUUUUAAAUUAUUGGAAAUUGCCUAUUAUUGAGAAUGGCUUUGAAUAGUGUGCACUGAAGCAAAUAACAUUGAUUUUCCGACAAAGAGCCAACAUUCCUAGACCUGAAUUGUGUGUGUAUGUG